AUGUACGGAGACGCUACAAACUGGAAUGAAGAUGAGUAUAGAGAAGCAAUUCUGAAGGAACGAGAAGUACAAACACGUACAGUGUUUCGAACCGCCUGGGCUCCUCCGGCGAGAACCCCUAAUCCGGACGCCUUUGUCGUCGCUUCCAGUGAUGGAACUUUAGCUUUACACUCUAUGAACUCGCUCGUGACCCAAUCGGCGGGUUUUGGCUACUCGAAAGGUCAGGAUGUUAUGGUGGCUGAGCCUGAGGGAGUGGUAAAGGCACACGAGGGUCCCGCUUAUGAUGUCAAGUUCUAUGGAGAAGACGAAGAUGCUUUGCUCCUCAGUUGCGGUGAUGACGGUCGAGUUCGGGGAUGGAAAUGGAAGGAAUUUGGUGAAUCGGAGUCGUCUCUUCAUUUGCAAGAGAAUCAUGCGAAGCCAUUGCUUGAAUUGACUAAUCCACAACACAAAGGUCCUUGGGGUGCUCUUUCACCGAUGCCUGAGAUCAAUGCCAUUUCUGCUGAUCCUCAGUCAGGAAGUGUAUUUACGGUUGCUGGUGAUUCUUGCGCAUAUUGCUGGGACGUGGAGAGUGGUAAAAUCAAAACGACCUUCAAAGGGCAUUCAGACUAUUUGCAUUGUGUGGUUUCUCGUAGCUCUGCAAGUCAGAUAUUGACGGGUUCAGAGGAUGGGACUGCAAGAAUCUGGGAUUGCAAAACAGGGAAAUGCAUUAAAGUAACUGGUUCCCAAGAUAAAAAGUCUCGCUUUCGCAUUAGUUCUAUGGCUCUCGAUGCAAGUGAAAGCUGGUUGGUUUGUGGACAGGGUAGAAAUUUAGCUUUAUGGAAUCUUCCUGCCUCAGAAUGCGUAUCAACAAUAUCCACCCCUGCACAUGUACAAGAUGUAAUGUUUGAUGAAAAGCAAAUUUUGACUGUAGGAGCAGAACCACUUCUAAGGCGUUUCGACUUAAAUGGAGCUUUGCUUUCUCAAAUCCAGUGUGCUCCUACUUCAGUCUUUUCAAUUUCCUUGCAUCCAGCAGGAGUAGUUGCUGUGGGAGGUUAUGGAGGUCUUGUUGAUGUCAUCUCUCAGUUUGGAAGCCAUCUCUGCACAUUCCGUAGCAGCUCACUGUGA